AUGAGUAUCACAACCAUCUUGCGCGGCUUUAAGGUCCCGCUCCCUGUACUCAACGCCUUCUUGCUCGCCAAUAACAUCAACGAGUCUAAGGUACUCUGUUUGGGUAUCCCACCCUUCUACGACAGGGUCGACGAGGUCACUACACUCCUACGCAACAAGGUCGGCAACGGAGAUACCAAGACACGCGUCUUUGUCCCAUCACGUAUGGGCUUCGACUUCGCAUCCUCCGCUUAUAUUGCUUAUGAUUGGACAGUAGUUUUUGCGCAGCGCAGGCUGGAACCCAGGGACCUUGCAGAUAGCCCGCCCCCGGGCUUUGAGGAGCUGCGGAGGGAGGUCCUGUCGUACACCGAUCGGGCCGAGUCUCUUGCCGAAGAUGCGCGAUACAAGAAUGCUGUCUAUGUCGUCAUCACUGACGAGCGGACAUAUAUCCCGCCUGAACUUCGGCAGCUUGGACCUAGCCCCUUCUCAUUGCACUGA